AUGGAGAGGGGACUGAAGCAAAAUUACUCAGAGAUAACAGAAUUCAUCCUGUUGGGAUUCAGAGCCUCUCCAAAGUUUCAAGUCUUCUUAUUCUUAAUGUUCUUGAUGAUCUACAUAGUUGCUGUGGUAGGGAAUGUCAGCAUGAUAAUUGUCAUUAAGAUGGACUCCAGACUCCAAACACCUAUGUAUUUCUUCCUUAGAAACUUGUCCUAUUUAGAUCUCUGCUAUUCCACAGUCAUUGCUCCCAAAACCUUAGCCAACUUCCUGACAAAUGAAAAUGGCUGUGCUGCCCAAUUCUUCUUCUUUGCUUUGUUUGUUACAACUGAAGGCUUCCUUCUUGCUGUUAUGGCAUUUGAUUGAUUCUCAGCCAUUUGCUCCCCUCUCCUUUACCCUGUGCAGAUGUCCCAAAAGGUCUGCAUUCAGUUGGUAACUGGCUCCUAUAUCUGUGGAUGCAUAAACUUAAUGAUAAAAACAGGAUUCACCUUCAGCUUAUGUUUCUGUGGAGAAAACAGGCUAGACCACUUUUUCUGUGAUGUCCCAGCUCUAAACAAUAUCUCAUGUGUUGACACCUUUGUUAACAAGAUUGUACUGUUUAUUCUCUCUGCUCUCAUCAUCAUCUCCACCACAACCAUUAUUCUGGUUUCCUAUGUCUAUAUCCUGGCCACGGUCCUGAAGAUCUCCUCCCCCCAUGGCAGGAGUAAGACCUUCUCCACUUGUGGCUCUCAUAUAGCAGUGGUGAGUUUAUUCUAUGGAACUGUGCUAUUCAUGUAUGUACAGCCUGGAUCAAUCUCCUCACUAGAGAAAAGCAAGAUUGUAGCUGUAUUCUACACACUCAUAAUACCCAUGUUGAACCCUUUAAUAUAUAGUCUAAGAAAUAAAGAUGUGAAAGAUGCUGCACAAAAAAUAUUAGGUGAAAAAUGUUCUCAGUGUUAUUUAUGA